GGGGACGGCGACGAGCAGGCGGCGCGGCCAUGAGCCGUAAGGGUUCGGUGCAGCAGAAGGUGCCGUGUCUGUUCGUGACCGAGGUGAAGGAGGAGCCCUCGGCCAAGCGGGAGCGACAGCCAUUUAAAGUAUUGGCAACUGAAACUAUAAGUCGGAAAGCAUUAGAUGCGGAUAUAUAUAAUGCAAUUCCUACUGAGAAGGUAGAUGGAACCUGCUGUUACGUAACUACUUACAAAGGGCAGCCAUACCUGUGGGCCAGGUUGGAUAGAAAACCCAACAAACAAGCUGAGAAGAAGUUUAAACGAUUCCUGUAUUCUCUGGAAGAUAGCAAAGAGUUUGUUUGGAAUAUUGAAGAAGAUUUCAAGCCUGUUCCAGAUUGCUGGAUUCCAGCAAAGGAAAUAGAGUUCUGUAAUGGGAAUCCUUUGCCUGAUGAAAAUGGACAUAUGCCAGGCUGGGUGCCUGUGGAGAAAAAUAGUAAACAGUAUUGCUGGCACUCAUCUGUUAUAAAUUAUGAUGCUGAAAUAGCGCUGGUUUUGAAGCACCAUGCUGACCCUGGGCUUCUGGAAAUCAGUCCGGUGCCUUUGUCAGACCUUUUAGAACAAACACUGGAGCUUAUUGGAACUAAUAUUAAUGCAAAUCCAUAUGGAUUAGGAAGCAAGAAACAGCCUGUACAUUUUCUUGUACCGCAUGGAGCAUUUGAAAUUAAGAAUUCACCUGCUUUGAAACAAAAAGAUAUAUUGUCCUGGUUUGAAGGCUGCAGCGAGGGUAAAGUUGAAGGAAUUGUGUGGCAUUGCAACGAUGGACGUUUAAUCAAGCUCCAUCGCCAUCAUCUUGGUUUACGCUGGCCAACUGCAGAAACAUAUCUGAAUUCUCAGCCUGUUGUCAUUUCCUUUAAUAGAACAAAAUAUGACUGCAACUUUGAACCAAAGAGUUUGUUUCACCAUUUUUCAAAGCUAGAUGGUCAAAGAUUUGACAGAUUAAAAGAUAUCAACUUUGAUGCUUGAAAGAUUUUUCUUUUAAAUUCAUUGCCAUUUGCUGCAUUCCUCCUAUUUUUCUGUUUAUCACAGAGAACUCUUAACAAAGCACUUUGUCCCUUAGGUAACAGCCUAGCUGAACUCUAAGUAAAAAUAGCCAUUUAUGCAAAACUAUAGCUCACAAAAGGAAAUGUGACAUUCACAGCAUGCUUAUAGCUAGAUCUCUCUGCUUAAUAGUCGGUUCUGAAAAAUCCUUAGGUUCAAAAGCUGUUUCUUGAAACUGCUAAGUAAGAAGUAUGUUGUCUGACACUGGCUAGUCCUUGUAGCUUAUUUCAUGAAUGCAGCCAACUGUAAAAGUUUCCAUAGGUUACACUUCCUUACAUACAAUUAGGACACUUACAUUUAGAAUUCAGAUUUAGGAUCUCAUUGUUUCUUAUCAGUGAAAGGCAGAUUUCAUUUGGGACCAGAAAGAGGUCUGAAAUGUGCUAAGUUUAAGUUG